ACAGCCACGCCACCAUACGCCACACUAGGCCACAUGGUCACAGGGAUUCAGUUGAGGGCUUGUCUAUGUGUGUGUACGGUUAACCCCAGAGAUGGCUGUAGAUGCAGCUUUUGAAAACGCUGGUCGUAAAACUGGACUUGAGAUAUGGAGAAUUGAGAAACUGAAGGUAGUUCGACAGGAUCCAAAAACCUAUGGAGAAUUCUAUUCUGGUGACUCUUACAUAUUACUGAAUACAAAGCAAGUAAAAAACUCGCCCAAGUUGGAGUGGGAUCUACAUUUCUGGCUGGGUAAGGACACGUCUCAAGAUGAAAAGGGGGUGGCAGCCUACAAAACAGUCGAGCUAGAUGACAGCCUUGGGGGUGGCCCUGUUCAACACCGAGAGGUCCAAGAGCACGAAUCAAAGCUGUUUCUGUCUUACUUUAAACAUGGCGUCAAGUAUCUGGAGGGCGGUAUCGAAUCUGGAUUUCGAAAGGUGGAGAGAGACAAGUAUAAAACUCGUUUGAUGCAAGUCAAGGGGAAGAGAAAUAUUCGGGUUAAACAGGUCAAGUGUGAUGUGAGUUCACUCAACCAAGGAGAUGUGUUUAUUUUGGACUGUGGCCUGGUCAUAUUUGUCUGGAAUGGCCCAACCAGCAGUAAAAUGGAGCGGCACAAGGCAGCAGAUGUAGCCAGAAGAAUCAAGGACGAGGAGAGAGGAGGCAAAGCUGUGGUCAAAAUCAUUGAAGAAAGAUGGGAAACAGACGCUGCUUUCUUUAAGGCUUUAGGCAGCAAUGGAACGAUUGCACCAGCUGGUCAAGAUGACCAGGCCUUCGAACAAGCUCUACAGGAGGAAAUUCAACUCUUCAGAGUUUCAGAUGCCUCUGGCAGUCUGGAGAUGACAAGAGUGGGAAGUAAACAGCUCAAUAGGGAAACGCUGGACUCAAAUGAUUGUUUUAUUCUCGACUCAGGAACAAGCGGUAUUUUCGUUUGGAUUGGAAAAAACUGUACGAAAAAUGAAAAAAAAUCUGCUUGGAAAAAUGCAACAGACUUUUUAAAACUGCGGGGGUACCCAGACUGGACCCCUGUGACCCAGGUUGUGGAAGGCGGGGAGACGCCCCUCUUUAAACAAUACUUUACGUCAUGGACUUCCGCUGAUGAACAAAAAGGAUUGGGGAUCGUUCAUAAAACAGAACAAAUUGCAAAAUACAAUAGCGCAAAGUUCGAUACGACAAUUCUGCACAAGUCAAACAAGAGAGAACAAGAGAUUCUGCCUGAUAACGGGACUGGGCAAAUUAAGUGUUGGCGUGUGGAGAACAACGACCUGGUUCUACAGACCGAGGAAACCCACGGCAUCUUCUACACAGGUGACUGCUACGUCCUGCUCUACACCUACGCUACGGGUGGACGACAACAGUACAUCAUUUACUUCUGGCAGGGGUGUAAAAGUUCAGUGGAAGAACGGGCAGCCUCAGCUAUCUUUGCACAACUCCUGGACGACAGAGAACUAGGUGGAUCUGCUGUACAGAUCCGAGUUACUCAAGGCAAUGAGCCUGAACAUUUUCUGCGCAUCUUUCAAGGAAAACUUAUUAUACUUAUGGGUGGGGUGAAUAACAAAGAGCCCGAGUCCCCAGUUCGUAUCCUACAAGUUCGAGGGAGUAGUGAUAUAAACACUCGAGCCAUGCAGGUGGUGUCUAGGGCGGCCUCACUCAAUUCCAACGAUGUGUUUCUCAUUGAGACUGAAACUUAUGUCUAUUUAUGGUAUGGGAAAGGUUCAAGUACAAACGAACGAAUUGUUGCCCGAAAAUUUUUAAAUUACCUGUGUCCAGACAGGAAUGACUCUGAGAUACAAGAAGUGGAAGAAGGCGAAGAAGAGCCAGAUUUCUGGCAUGUGUUAGGUGGCCAAGAACCUUACGCUUCGGGCAAGGCUUUCCAGGUUAAUGAGAUCAACAUGCCCGCAAGGUUGUUCCACUGCUCUAACUCAUCUGGGCGUUUCAAUGUUGAAGAAAUUGUUGGUUUUACUCAAGAGGAUCUGUUGGAGGAUGACGUCAUGAUUUUAGACACAAUUGAAGAGGUAUAUGUGUGGGUUGGCAAAGGUGCGAAUGAAAUUGAAAAAAAAGAAAGUUUACAAAUAGCCUUGGAUUACAUCAAACAUGACCCUAUGGGUCGAAAUGACGAGACGACGGUGAUAUUGCAAGUGAAGCAAGGCUUCGAGCCCCCGAGUUUUACUGGAAUCUUCCUUGGAUGGGACCCAGAGAAGUGGAGUCAAGGUAAAUCUUUUGAAGAUCUGAAGCGAGAGCUGGGAGAGGAAAAUCUGCCUAUAACGUUUGUGCGCGAUGAAAUUGCCAGCUACGACCAGAAAUUUACUUAUGCAGACUUAUUAAAGAAAACUCCACCUAAGGGCGUAGACCUUUCACGUAAGGAGCGACAUCUCACUGAGGAAGAAUUUUCGCAAAUCUUUAAAAUGACACGCCUUCAAUUCGAGCAGUUACGAGAAUGGAAACAAUUAGAACUCAAGAAAAAGGUGGGAUUGUUUUAGGACCUGAUGGAAACAAUUAGAACUCAAGAAAAAGGUGGGUUGUUUUAGGACAAGAUGGAAACAGGCGUUAAAGGUGGGAUAUAUGAAAAGAUUACAGGUUGAUACCAAUCAGCGGUAAAGAAAAAAGGCUGGUUUUAAGGAAUACGCGACACGAUGGUUAAUUCAUUUCCCAAACGGAAAAUUAGUUACGAAAAUUUGUUCUUUUUGCUUGAUUGUUCAAUAUUAAGAUUUUAUUAAAGGAUUUUUAAAAAUAUUUUUACAUGUAUGUUAAUAAGUUAUUUAAAUGUUAAAUCAAAGAUUGAAACUGAGUAUAGUUACAUGUACUCAAGUAGUUAGGAGAAAUGUUUCAUUUUGUACAUCCAAAAUCUACAAUUGUGACCGUUACUAUAGCGAUAAAAAUUACUAUUGUUUUCUAAAGAAUCUUUCUUUGUGUGUUGGCAUUUGCACAAGACCCGAUUGUUAUAAUGCCGAUUUCCCUAAAAUCUUGCAUGAAAAAUAUUAAUUAGCAGAUUAACCUAAAUUUUAAAAUAUGUCUGGGUUUUUUUUUAAUUGUGAUAAAAAAGUUUAUACAAACUGUAAAGUGCUAAAUAAAAUUAAACAAAAAAACGAAUAAGAAUACAAUUGUGCUAAUUAUCAAACGCUCAAUAAAUUACGUUUUACUCAGAAUUCAAAUCAGUUACAAUUUUAAAAUAUGAAUCAAAUAAAUUGUCACAAGACGAUGAUAGGAAUCAAAAGGCUCUGCACCUCCCAACAGUCUGAGGUGAUCUCCACAAGACUAAGCUUGGACAGGUUACGUUGUUUUAACAAGAAAUUGUUACCAAUUAUUAUCUAUUACGCAAUUAUAAACUGUAUCUUCUUUUGGUUAUAAAUUAUUACGCCAUUUUUAAAUUCAAUCAACUAUUGUGCAUUUGCAAACUUGGUGAGGUUUUAUGAUAAAUUCUAUGUAUUAUUUAUGACUUAUUUAAUACUUUUCUUAUAAAAAAAGAUACAAUUCAAUAAAUACACAUCGU